UAGCAAGACAUUGCAAGGGGGACUGGGGAAGAGAGAGCUGGAGACACCGAUCCUCUGUCACUCCCUGCACAGGCAUACUAUAGCAGCAGCAUCUGAAGGAGCUACACAUCCUCAGCCUGUGUGCAUGACCAGGAGCAGAUACACACAGCCAGGGAUUCUGUCUGCACUUUCCUGUCUGUCUUUUUCCAAGGAUGUCAGUUCAGUGGGUGACAGCAGUUUUCUUCCUGGGUGUUGGCUGCGGUGUCCUCACCACAAAAGUGAAUAAGCACAAGCCAUGGAUUGAGACCUCAUAUCACGGAGUCAUCACCGAAAAUAAUGACACCGUCAUUCUGGACCCCCCUCUGGUUGCAUUGGACAAGGAUGCCCCAGUGCCUUUUGCUGGAGAAAUAUGCGCAUUUAAAAUCCAUGGUCAGGACACUCCUUUUGAGGCUGUCGUACUCAACAGAACAUCAGGUGAAGGUCGGCUCAGAGCUAAAGGACCUAUUGACUGUGAACUACAAAAGGAGUACACCUUCAUCAUCCAGGCAUAUGACUGUGGGGCAGGAGCGACUGGGGCUAAUUGGAAGAAAUCUCACAAGGCUGUGGUCCACAUCCAAGUGAAUGAUGUGAAUGAAUUUGCCCCAGUAUUUAAAGAAAACACAUACAGAGCAACAGUGACUGAGGGCAAAAUAUAUGAUAGCAUCCUGCAGGUAGAGGCAUUGGAUGAAGACUGCUCUCCCCAAUACAGCCAGAUCUGCAAUUAUGAGAUUGUUACAAGUGAUGUGCCAUUUGCUAUUGACAGAAAUGGUAACAUCAGGAACACAGAGAAGCUAAGCUAUGAUAAGCAGCGCCAAUAUGAGAUUAAAGUUACUGCCUAUGACUGCGGCCAGAAACACACAGCAGAAGAGGUCACUGUGAAAGUGGAUGUAAAACCAGUGUGCAAACCGGGGUGGCAAGAUUGGGAAAAGCGUAUUGAAUAUAAUCUUGGUUCUGGAAGUGUUGCAUUAUUCCCUAGUGUCCGAUUGGAGACUUGUGAUGGUCCUGUGUCCUCUGUCAGAACUAGUAUCGAGCUGCAAACCAAUCAUAUUGGGAAAGGAUGCGAUCGUGAAACCUACACUGAUACAUCCUUGCAGAAGUUAUGUGGAGCCUCAUCUGGUGCCAUUGAGUUACUCCCAUCUCCCACUUCUGCCACCAACUGGACAGCUGGCCUGCCUAUGGACAACAGUGGUAUGAUUUUUAAGUUUGAUGGUAAACAAGGAGUGAAGAUCCCAGAUUCCAUAGUACCAAAAAAUCUUACUGACCAGUUUACUAUUACUAUGUGGAUGAAGCAUGGCCCCAGCCCUGGAUUAAGAGCAGAGAAGGAGACAAUAUUAUGCAAUUCUGACAAGACAGAAAUGAAUCGCCAUCACUAUGCAUUGUACAUACACAACUGUCGUCUUGUCUUCCUGUUACGCCGUGAUUUUGACCAAGCUGACACUUUCAGACCUGCCGAGUUCCACUGGAAAUUAGAUCAGAUCUGUGACAAAGAAUGGCACUACUAUGUAAUCAGCAUAGACUUCCCACUGGUAACGCUAUACAUGGAUGGAGUAACUUACGAGCCAUACCUAGUGACCAAUGAUUGGCCUAUACAUCCCUCACAUAUUGCUAUGCAGCUGACUGUUGGUGCUUGUUGGCAAGGUGGAGAGGUUACUAAGCCUAAAUUUGCUCAGUAUUUUCGUGGUAGCAUUGCUGGCCUCACACUGCGUCCUGGCAAGAUUGACAGCCACAAAGUGAUUUCCUGUUUGCAGGCCUGCAAGGAAGGACUGGACAUCAAUUCAUUGGAAAAUAUGGGACAAGGAUUAAAGUAUCACUUCAACCCUUCCCAAUCAGCGCUCAUAAUGGAAGGUGAGGAUAUUGACAGCAUAAAUCAAGCUCUACGCAAGGUCUCUUAUAUCAACUCUCGGCAGUUCCCAAACACAGGAAAAAGACGUCUCAAGGUGUCAUCAAAAGUCCAAUGCUUUGGAGAGGAUGUCUGCAUCACCAUUCCAGACAUUGAGGCAUAUGUGGUGGUUCUCCAAGCUAAUGAGCCCAAGAUCACAGUCAGUGGAAUGGAUCACUUUGCCCGUCCAGCGUCUGAAUUUGAGAAUGCAAAUGGUGUGAUUUUGCUUCCAGAUAUAAGAAUCAUCAGCACAGUCACUAAAAUGGAAAAACGUUUGGAUAAGAGCUCUGGCAAAAAUGUCAGUCCUGUGGUAGUGGAGGAAACGCUGCAUCGUUUGGAUUUCUGUGACAUCUUGGUCACUGGAGAUGAGCUUAACACCAAAGAGGAGUGUCUGGAGCUGGACCGUAGUACCCUGCAAGGGAAACAUCUGGAUGCCACCAAUUCAACAAAAGGCUAUUCAAUCUAUGGUGUGGAUACAAUGAAAAACUAUGAAGAUGUCUUACGACAAGUGCGCUAUCGGCACUGGGAUUCUGCUUCUAUCUUUGGUCGCAAGUUCAAAGUGAAGUGCUCUGAAUUAAAUGGACGUUACACAAGUAAUGAGUUUAAUCUUGAGGUCAACAUUCUGCAUAACUCCAAUUAUAUGGAACAUGUAAACCAUAUGGUAAUUCAGCCACAGUUUAUGCCAUCUCUCCAGCAACCAAACACUGAAGUACUACAUGAAAGCCGUGUUUCUCCAGGUGCAACAACAAUUGUCCUAGUGGCGUGUGUCAGCAUAUUGGUCAUUAUUGUCAUCCUGGGAAUCUUCAGAUUGCGAGUAGUUCACCAACAGGACUUUCCGGAAAAAGAGGCGACAAAAGACAAUGAAAUGGAUUGGGAUGAAGCUGCUUUAACUAUCACAGUAAAUCCUAUGGAGAAAUAUGAAACUAAUGUCCCUGGAGAAAAUGAAAGUGAAGAAGAGGAAGAGGUUGAAGAGGAAGAUGAUGAUGAAGAAGAGGAGGAGGAGAGCACAAGUGGUGAUUCCGAUGAUAGUGAUGAGGAGGAUGCUGAACACCAGGCUAAGUUAAGGCAGCACAGUGCAGCACAAAGAGGGCAGCAGGAAUGGAAUAAAUUAACACUUACGUACUAAUACUUUCUUCUUCCUAUUCUUCCUUUUGUAAACACAAAUCUUACUUAUUUCAGAAGCAAGUUAGUUAAAGAUGCUGGAUUAAGUGACAGGAUUAUCAAUGAGAGCUGGGACUUAGUCCAGUUGCUCACAUACCAUAACCUAAAAGCAAACCUUGGGUUGUUGUAUGAUAAGUUUUGAUGCCAGCAAGAGGUUUUCUUAGAACAUUAGUUGUGACAGUAAUGACAUACCAGCUCUCUGUGCUUAAUGAGAGAUGGGGGAGACAUCAGUUGCCCAAGAGAGGACUUAUUUUUUAAAAAACAAUUUGAACCCAUUUGCUCUUGAGAGGUCUGCAGAUCAAAAAUGAAUACAGUGCUGAUGGAAUCUAAUUUAGAACAUUGAACGGGUCUCCUGUCACCCUGUAGCAUUUAUUGUAGAUGGGACACGGGAAGGGUAUGAUCAAGGGAUGUAGAGACCACAAAGGAAAAAAGGUGUCACUAUAAGCGAGAAGAAAAGGUAACACCAAUACAAAGUGCAUCACUUUUUCGCCCUGCAUUUUCCUAAUGCUCACAAUAGAGAGUGGCUACUCUUCACUAACAGCGACUUAUACAGUGUCAGAGGACAUUGCAGGGAGAUGCAAGAUGGAUCAGGGGUUCCAGCUGUACAUCUGCCCUUGGAGUAGGCAGCCAGAACUGCAAUCAUAGUGUUGCUUCAGUUGUCAUUUCACUUGGCACUGUUCUGAAGUGUUACCAAAAUCAUUACUGUCAGACAGCUGCUAUUUUGUCAUUUGUUUUUGCAAAUUAUUCUAGAAGUAUUCAAAAUGACUACAUUAAAAAGUUCAACACGCCUAAGCAUUCUAGGCUCCAAUCAAGAUAUCAACGCAAUAUAUUUAUCUUGAGGAAAGAGAAAACUAUUGAAACCUGUAAAAAGGAUAUGUGGAAGUAUUACCCAUAGAAUCAUUCAGGGUCUUGUUAUGGUUUAUCUAGUUGAUUUUAGAAAAUGAUAACUAGAAUAUGAUCGGUUUUUGUGAACUAUACUUCAAACCUUUCCUCUAUAAUAUAAACCCCAAAAUUGUAGGACUAUUCUUGCUGAUUAAACAAAAGUGGUACUGUGGAUAUCUGAUGUAUCAUACUAAACUAUUCUCUAUUCUAUGGUUGCUUUAUGGCUAGACAUGGCUCAGUCUAUCCACUGACUAAAUGCCUCUCUAGAGACGGAAAUUGCGCUAGAAUAUAUCUAGGCUAAAACAAAGUACAGCACACUAUUAAAAUACAAUACUGAAUGACAAAACAAAUAAAUAACAUUUUAAAUAUUCAUACAUUUCUAAUAAAAAACAACAGAACAUUUCAUACUCAUAGAAUGUACAGUGAUUAUAAUGUUUGGUUUAUUUAUUUUUAAAUAAUAAUUGAUAUACUAUAGUUAAAAAUAAUCUUAAAAAAGAAGUAAAAGCUAUUGUAAUUUACAUUGCCAUUAGCUCCCAUUUCCACAUUGGCCCUAAUUAUACUGUUUAAUUUCACUGAGCUUGGUAUCGAAAUCUCCAUUGUGGAAAGGGCUAAAAGACAUAUAAUCUUCAUAUGUCUGUCAUUUUUAUACUCAUUAACGUCACUUGGUUCCUCUUGCAAUGGGUGGAGCAAAACCUGGCUUAUUGGGAUGGAACAGUAAAAGUAGUCUCAGUGUGGAAAUAGCUUUUGGUUUUGUAAAACUGCCACAGUAUAUCUGUAUUUGAAAGGACAUUUACCCAUCAUUUCAGUUGUGAAAACUGAUCAUUUUAAUUAUGAUCUUUUGUUUUUAAUUUUUUUCUUUAUGGUUGAUUUAUAAAUAUCACACAAAUAAUGUCAGUUAGAUAUACUUAAUGAAAUCCUCCUCUAAAAAACUAAUAAUAUUACAUUUUAAAUAAUGUUACCAGUGUAUUUCAAACAGGAAUUCUCCAAUUCUGUAUUUUAGGUAUUUAAACCAAUUAGUAACUCUAAUUUGUAUAUUCAUAUUAAACAAGAAGUGGCCCAAAUGACCAAACUGUAUUUGUAAUUUAGACCCUGAAAAUGGGAUCUCUGUUUUAUACAUUAAAAUUGUAAAAGUACCUUUAUUGCUGAACAGCAACCUUUCCAAAUCCAAAGGUACAGUACUCCUGAAUUGAUGCAUCCCAAUUUUAUAAGGCACAGUUUCCACUCUCUUCCUCAUGUUUAUGAAGACAUCUUACUAUCGACCAAGUCGUUUCAAUAAACAGCAACGUAAACAGGCUACAAGCCUACACUGCACUCUACUAAAAUUUAAAUGGCAAGAAGCAAAACAAAUGUAGUUAGUAACAUGCAUAUUUUUUUCCAAUUAAUUGAACUGCAAAAUCUAAAUUAUUUUUAUGUAACUAAAGAGAGCAUUUUGAUCAUGUCACUCCUAUAUGUGUUUAGAGUUUCUUCUUAAACCACAUAUCAUAAAUCAUUGCAGACUCUUCUCUGAGCAAAAGGGUUAACUAAAAUCUAAUUCUGAUUGGUAAUGCAUGCAAAAUAGAAAAGUAUAAAACCAUGUCCUGUCAAUCAAUCCACUAAUUUUUUUGUCAAUGCUAUUUUUUCAUACAAGAAAGAUUUUGGUUAUGAAAUUGUACCUAAAUAGUCUUAGUUAAGCCCCUUAGCUUUAUUUAAAAAUGGUUCCAAUUUGAUAUGGGAUCAACUGUGGGUUUUAAAGCCUUGUUGAAUAUCAGUUUCUUGGGAAGGAUUGUUUAGAAUUUUUCCAAACUCUAUUUAUGCAUUUCAGCAUGUAGAAUUGUUAAUGAGUUUUAGUUUUAGUAAAACUUAUCAUUGCUUAUGUCUGUUAAAAAGCUGGUGAAAGGGACCAUCCAGUACCAUUUAAAAAUUGGGUGGAAAUGUCAGAUGAAUUAUUGUAAUUUGUGGUUGCUACUGUGCUAAUGGAAGUAUUCCCCUACCAAUACCAGGAGCAAGCAUUUUAUUAACGCGUUACUAUAUCUCUUUCACGCAAAAGGUAACUGUGUACUCAGAAUGUUAAAGUCUAGCUAAUGUACUAAUUCUGUAAUAUGAUUUAAUGGGUAGAAAAUAAAAAAAAUCAGGGGUUUUUAAUUUUUGGGGCAAGACUCAAAGAAUGGAUCAUGGGACCAUUAGUCAUGCUUUUAAAUGUGGCAAAUUACAAUCAAGAAAGGAAUUUAAUUCACCACUGUAAUUUAUUGUGAAUUAAUUGAUCCCAGUGCUGGCAGUAUUUAUCUUGGAUUUUUUUUACACAUCUGAACAGACGUGAAAAAAAUCCUCAGAAACCAGCGGGUUAAUAAUGGGUGCUGGGACCCUGUUAACACCCAAAUCUGUGAACGUUUCUGAUUCUAUAUGCUAACACCCGUUUACCCAUGUAAACGUCCGUUAACACGUUAAAUAACGGGGUCUCAAGUGAAAAAUGGAGUGCAAUUGAAUAGCCACGGCGAUAAAGCGUGAGGCUACCUCCCUUUUUCACCUGCAGCAAUUUACCAUGGGUAACUGAAUUCCCCCCAAACCUACCAACAUAACAAACUGGCAACACUGGGACAUUUUAGGCCCAGGUUUCACCCUGCGCCUGCUACUAACCACAAGCCAGAAUUUGAUACUGCACCUAAUGCUUGUGGCUUAAAGUUGUACAAAUGCAAACACUAUACUUAAGAAGAGAACAGUGAAUAAUGAAAAGGAAUUCCAAUAUUAAUUGAAACUGAGAGUUUUAUAAGCUAAUUCAUAGGCACAAUUGAGGUCAUUGCCCAAUAAGAGUAAGAAUCCCUGAUUUAGAUACUCUGUUGCUUUGUAAAGUUCUGCUUUAUUUUAGAAUGUUUUCUCCUUGCCCACUCUUCACAAGUGCAACCUCUUUGUAGUUACACUGCAGAUAAAAAAUAUAGCAAAUAUUGCAAUACAAGUCACAUGCAUAUUAAAUUAAUUGGAUGGUAUAAGGAAAUGUGUCUAAUGCUACCAAAGGCUGUUUAGUGCAUUGCAAGCUCCUCUUCAUUAUCACCAAUUUAAAAAAUAGAGGUAAAUUGUAAAAUAAUUAAAUUAUUUCUGAUCUUAUAGCUUUUUUUUCACUCUUAGUGGUUUUUGUAUACUGCAUACAGUAAGGGAAUUCAUACAUCUACGGGCCACUUCCCUGUUCUCGCAAAGCAGGUCCAUUCCGCCGAUCAAAAACAUUGAAGGCGAUUCCAUGGGGUAUUGGCAAAAUACAGCAUGUAAACAAUCCCAUACUUGCCGAUCCCGAUAAUUUUUUAUCUGAAUUGGCAAAUUGAGGAUUUCCAACAUGUUGUAUUUCCUCAAUCCCUAGUCAUCAGCAGAAUGGAGACUUGCCCCGAUAGCUGCCUGUUGUAUGGGCACCAUAAGUCACAUUGCAGUUCAUGAUAAACUCAUAAUUCUGGAUUACUGAAAUAUUAUCCUGGAAUACAGGUAUCAGCAAGCAACAUAAAAUGUCAGGAGCAUAGUCAGAGGUGCUGUGGAUGGUCAAAAUCAAAAUUGUAUACUGAAUGUUUAAGAAUUAAUUGUUACAACCCUCUGCAUACAGGUAGAGUGAAUUCCUACAAACAAGAAGUGCAUGAGGAUGUAAAGUGGAGGCACAAUGCAUUAUUUGCUCCGAUUGUUCAGGUACAGCAAGGAGCAAUGCCCACUACAGUAUUCCCUGACCUUACCGUGUACACAGGAUUAUUACAUGAGAUACUGUAAGAACCAGAGUCUCUUUGACUCUCAGCUGAUGUAGAGUAUGAGUGAUGUAGCAUCAGCCGCAUAAAAAGCACAAUUAAUCAAGUCUGGAAAAGUAAACAGUUUUCUGGUUGUCAACCUCAAUGAUCCUGUCCCAGACUGCCUGUGGUGGCUUUAUCCACAGUGUUCUCUCAGUCCACACCCUCCUAUGAUCUUAUUGCCUUUUUGCCAUUGUGACUGGUUAUCACAAAUGCUGGAGCUUUCAUCAAGCAGUGUAAUUAAUAGUAAAAUGUUUCAAUUACAAUUUAUAGAUACAUAUUUUCUUCUUCUUUAUGUUAUAUUCAUAUGAAUCAAUUCUUUAGUUUCUUUAUGUGCAGUUACUUUAUAUUAAUUACUGGUGGUACAUUUAUAGUCAUCUGACCAUAAAGCUAUAUAGUAUGGUGCAUGUGAGCUUCACAGCUCAGUUUCUAUGGAGGUGGAAUACCUACUAUAGUAACGUCACAUGAAAUCCCCCACCACUGAGGUCGUUGGUAACUAACGUAAUUCCUACCAGGAACUACUGUAUUACAGUAGUCAUAGCCAGCCACUAGAGGGAAUGUUUGCUCAAUAUUACAAUACAUGUACGAUUAUACUGCUUAAAUAAAGAUAUAAGUUCAGAUGGCAAUUAUGUUACAUAAAGAAUGCUGGAUUUUCGUGUAUUAUACCGUGUGGUCUUGAACUUUAGAAUUAGGCUAUUUAAAUAAUUUUGUGGAAAAAAAGUUAUUCAUUUUAAAUUACGAUUGACUCCUAAGUAUAUGAGCCUGGAUAUACUAUAUAUAUAUAUAUAUAUAUAUAUAUAUAUAUAUAGAUAUCUUUCAUGGUUGGAGAUAUAGUUAACCAAGGCCCUCCAUUUGAAUAUAUCAGGUGGAUCCCUUGUGAACCAAGUUCUAGCCACUCUUUCUCCAGAGUGGUAAGAGUAUAACCGCUAGUUUCAAAUCUUAAAUGGUGAUCUAACCAAUUAACUCUUGUCAUUUUUCAACCACAGUUCGGAGCUGAUUGGUUGGAGCACUACUUAAGAUUAGUGACGAUUUAUAACAAGAAUAUCACUCAUUUUUAAAUAUGCCCCUCAGUCUUCAUCUCUUCACUCGAAUGUCACCAGGUUUGAGUUUGGUGGGGAUAGAAAAACCUGUAGCCCAGUGGUUCCCAAACCUAUUUGAAUCACUGCACCCUAGAGUAUCAGAAUUUUUUUCAAGACACUUCUAGGCCAAAAGUUUCUUACUGAGAAAUUUAGAAAGAAGUGUACAUUAAGUAAAUUGUGCUUAUAUGUCAUUCUUAUGGUGCCCAUACACUUGUGCGACGCGACAUCGCGGGGCAUCGCACCGGCAGUUCAGGUGCGAUGAAAUCGCACCUGAACUGCCAAAGUGAUUACCAUGCGAUCAUGCGAUAGAUCGCAUGGUAAUCACGUGAUGAGCACGUCACCGCCGAGUGGGAGCGGCCUCCAUCCGCUCCCGGUGGGUGCCCAUCGCACAUCGCAGUGCGAUAUAUAGCAUGUGUUUUUAAAAACACAUGCGAUCGCACUGCGAUUCGAUAAAUAUUAAGUGCAGCACAUACUGUCUUGAGACGUGAGAUUCGACCGGCGUGCCCGCACAUCGCGUUGAAAGGUACCUAAAAUGUGCAUACAAUCCUUCGAUUCCUCUCACAGAUGUGGUUGAAAUCGAAGGUUAGCACUGAUUAUCUCACAAGUGUAUGGGCACCAUUAGGUUCAGUUGUGUGGUGUGGGACAGGAUUUGCUUCUGUUUGUCCACAUAUUUUAUGAUUGGCAGCCACCAGCACUGGUUUUUCCUGUUACAUUGACCAUAAUUAAUUUUAAUUGGCCCUGGACCACCAAUCCAAGGCACCCCUGCAAGUUACCUGAGGCACCCCGGGAUGCCACGGCACACAGUUUGAGAACCACUGCAGAAUGCUUGCCACAGGGGGAGAUAUUUCAAACCUUCUACUUUAUAGAAGUCAUGUGUAAAAGUUGCUUAAAUCAACCAAUCACAUUCUAGCUCUCAUGCAUCCAGUUCAUUUUAUAACAUGAUAAAUUGGUUGCUAUGGGAAAUGUCUCCACCUGUCCUCUUUAUGAGGUUUGAUAUAUCUCCCCCAUAGUAUAGGAGAGAGUGCUGAUCUUGUGGGAGGCAUUAACCUGUUUCCUCUUCUAUGUUAGUGAGGACAUUGCUGCAUGUGACAGGGUUCUGUCAGUCACCUAGUCGGAGAUGUAGGGUCUCUUCCAGUAUAGACUAGUAAUGUAAGGCUCCUGCAACCUGAUUCCAGAAGAUUGUACUGUUAUAUGCAUCUUUGAUAAAGAAAACUUUGUAUGGGGGACAGUGAGCAUACACAGUACCUACAAGUGCGCUUUAUAGUGGGCGCAGACAAUGGCAGAACAACAAUCGCUGUGACAAGUGUUAUUUCUAUAGGACAUCAUACCUUCUCCUGGCCUCAAAUAUGCUGCACCUGCUGCAAUGGCAGUAGUUCCACCGCUGCCUCUGUGUGGAAGUUCAUACUGCACCUUGGGCCUAAUUCAGACCUGAUCGUAUAUUUUGCACAUCUAUGAUCAGUCUUCAGACAUGUGGGGGGACGCCCAGCACAGCGCUAGUCCGCCCCACAUGUCAUGCUCGACCCCCCCACACAGGUACAAAAGCAGCGGCGAUGCUUUUGUACUGGAAGAGUUGCUCCCUACCAGCACAGCUCCUGCGCGCUGGCAGGGAGCUACUUGUCGCUGUGAGGGUCGCAGCGGUUGCUUGUGAUGUCAUGCAGCCGCCGCGGCCGCCCCCCCCCCCCCCCGACAGUCCGGGCAUGCCUGCGUUGCCCGUACUGCGCCCCCUAAACGGCAGCCAAAUGCCAACUUCCCGCCCAGCAGGGCUAAGAUGGCCAUCGACUGUCUGGCAUGCGUCGGCGCACUGCAUUCGCAGUUCAGACCUGAUCGCUGCUGUGCGAAAAUGCACAGCAGCGAUCAGGUCUGAAUUAGCCCCCUUGUCCUAAUGUGAAAUGUACUCACUCAUGUGUCAGCAUACAUGACUAUUGACCACCAGACUACCUACAAUGGCUUGCUAUACACCUAAUUGAUGUAGAGUUAAUCCUUAAUAUAUUUCAAUAAUUCAAGAUACUUUAACUAAAAUCUCUUUUAAAGAACAUGGAUCAAAAAACUAAGAUCAAUACCGCCCAGUAGGCAUAUGAAAUCCAAUGUUGAUGACGUUAUUAAAUUGGUAAAAAUAAGAGAAUAAUUGGCAUUCUAUGGAUGAGCAUAUGUACCCCAGAGGAGGAAAUGCUGCAUUAAAAAAGCUGACGUCUUAUUUUAUAUUUAAGUACUGCAUUACAAUUUAGAUUACAACAGCAGCUCAACUGGUAAAUUAAGAUUUUAAGGGGAAGAUUUAUCAAAACUUGGAGAGCGAUAAAGUACCAACCAAUCAGCUCCUAAUUGUUGUUUUUCAAACACAGCCUGUAACAUGACAUUUUCUGUAGAUGCUGAUUGGUUAGCAGUUUAUCUUUCCCAACUUUAUCUCUCUCCAAGCUUUGAUAAAUCAUUCCCUAACCCUUUAAUUAACAUUCUUAAAAGAUAGCGCCAGGGACACAGAGGGAAGGAAGCAUUAGCAGACAUGCUCAAACCGCCAUGUUGCCUUGAUUGCCUUAGUAUAUCAGGUUAUAGAAAAAGGGAUAAAGAGCUUAGUUAAAAAGGAGUUUCUGAAGAAGUGCUAUAACAUAUGUCUUUGGUAUUAUUUCUCCAAAUAUAGGUGAGCUAAAGUUAAAAAUACAUUUCCUAAAAGACUGUUUUGUGCACAAUUUCAAGCUUUGAAGAGCGCUCUGUGGGCGCUUGUACACACUUUAAGUGUUGCUAAAGAUUUCUGCCUACAGAAGAUCAAUGUAGUGAAACGCAAACAUCAGUUGCAGUUUCAUUUGGCCUGCAGGGACCCACACAUCUUUCUACUUAGUAAAACAAAAAAAUUCAAUGUUUUCUGUGAAGUCCUCAUUAAUUUCAAAUAACCUGAAGCAGCAAUUCUCAGACAUAAGUCAGUGGUGUGGCUAGGUACACCAGCUUACACUUUAUGUGCAAUGCAUUGUUUGGUAAUUACUGGCAGAACACAUUUAUAACAAUUCAAAGCUGGUAGUUGCAAUACAUUUUUAUGGAGCCACACUGUGUGACUGUGUGUACAGCAGGAAAAGUUUCAUUAUUGUAAGAACAGAGAAAGAAGUACAAGAAGUCCUAUGUGCUAAUUAACAUGAGGGUGAAUUAAACUAAAUUGCCCACAUGUAAGGAUGAUGAUUACAAUGAUGUGUUAACCCCAGCAAUUGCAUCUGAACUUAGCCCCCUUGCGUCAGACCUGCCAGUCACAGUUAAUCCUAUAACCGUCAAGAUAAAUGUGGAUACAUCUGUAGUUGGCUUUACAAAUUGGUGGAAAUUGGAAUGUAAAUUGGGAUAUAUAUGGCUUAAAUGGAUAACUUUGUCUACAUCGGUAUCAAUGUAGACAUCUAAUUCAAUUUCCGGAAGAAGAGAUACUGUAGCCAGUACUAAUCAUGUAAGAAAUAAAUGUACUGUACUUGUACCCCUUGCACUGAAACGUGGGGCCUGAUUCCAAUUUGUAAGAUACUGCACAGGUGCAGGGAAGCGUAGAGAUGCAGCUGUGCAAUACCAUACAAAUAAAAUGCAUAAGCAGCAGGAUAGACACCUCCUGCAAGCUUCUGCGAGAUCCAAAUGCUGCAUCUGGGGAUGCAGCAUCAGAUCACCAUCGCGACCAUCAGUCAUGACUUAUGAUGGUAGUAGACCUUGGUCCAUCUGCGUAAGCCGAACCUUACUCAGACUGGCUGUCUGUACCAGACAGCUGGGUCCAGGAAGUCUAAAUGUGACCACACAGACCAUGAGGCCAGUCAUGCCUACUAGAUGGGCCGACACUCCACCCACCCCCAAACACCUCAUGGGGACUGUGAGUAAUGAGUCUGUGAGGACUGUGAGUCGUUCUCCACAUGAGCAGAGCAGGUCUUGCACCUGUGCAGGCCACUAACCAUCGGAUUUGUAGGUAAAGCAUUCGGUUUAUGUACAAAUCUGCAUUAGGAACAGGCUUGUUUCAGAGACAAAUUUACUUGCUUUUUUUUAAAAACAAAUGGAAAUUAUAGUCAAAAAUGCUUAAUGAUUUAAAUAUAUAAUUUGUUCCGUUGUGAAUAUUUUCUUUAAAAUAAAAAUAUUUUUCUAACAAUUUAUAAAGGUGGGGGGGUUGCACACAUUGCACAGUGGUAAGUCAGCCCUGCCCCACUGACCACUCCAGGACAAGGUUUUGGCAAUAUUUUGAAGGAGCUGUAAAUUGUAUUCAAUGGAGAAUUUCUAUAGCAGCUAUCGGCAUCGCUAUAGACUAUUGUGAGCUAGGAUCACAUACUGUAGCAAAAAUAUAUAUUAGAUUUUCGCCGGGCACACGUACAGAACACAUAGAGAAAUAUAGGUUGGUGCACACUACAAUCAGAAAAUGUUCACAUCUCUGUGGCACAAAUUCAGCAAAAUGAAAGCCUUAGAUGUAUUUAGAGCUAAUACCACUCCACAUAUUAAUUAGCUUAACUACUGAGUUAAUAUUGCCUAGGCUUAUGUCUUGCGAUGGCUGCAUGGUAAGAAAGACCUUCUAUGCCCUUUAAGUCACAUCACCCAGGGGAUCUGAUGAAAAUAUAAUGCAGAAAACAUUUAAUAUUCAUUUUAAUAGUGUCCAUUGCUAAAAGUACUGUUCCCCUGAACAACUGCACUAUAAAACGCAUGCUUUGCUCUAUGACAAUGUUGUUCUUUCACCAUUUCUGAUUUUAAGCGCUGCUCAAUAGCCUUAUGUGGCAAAGUUAUUAUAUCAUUUACAGCAAUACUUGUGCUGCCCUGACUCCUGGCAGUGCAGUCAGCAGCAUUAUGGCGCAGUAGACUUCUCAGCCCACUUAAGGGCAAUAACACAAGAAGACGUCCGGUAAAUCGCACAUAGAUCAGUUGCGGGGAAACACUGCAGAGCUUCAACCUUAAUUUUAUUUCCAUUGAAUCAUUUUUUUAAAGCUUGUUAGCGCUUUGAGAUGUAGCCUUCUUGUCUCCUUAUGUUGUUGCUACUUUGCACAUAUUGCCAUCGCAAUACCUCCAGCUAUACCUGAUUUGAAAAUUGGGACAUUUUAGGCAACAAUCUGAACUGCCAGUCAUAAUCUAUUUCAUCUCUAUACUGUAUAUAUUUGAUCCCUCCAAAAAUGGGUGGCACUCUGUCUGUGACCGUGUUGUACAUUUACUAAUUCCCAGGGUGCCAUCCAUUUUUUAAGGUAUCAAGUAUCUGUUUAAGGUAGGCACCCUGGCAAGAUUAUUGCAUUGCAUAUAGGAUUGCCAAACCCAGUGUACCUAUCUAUCUAUCUAUCUAUCUAUCUAUCUAUCUAUCUAUCUAUCUAUCUAUCUAUCUAUCUGUCUAUCUAUCUAUCUAUCUAUCUAGGGCCGGACUGCCCAUCUGGCACUUCUGGCAAAUGCCAGAAGCGCCGAUGAGCUUGUGGGCCGGUCCUGUCAGGCAGAGAGCCAGGAAUACUCCAUAGAAAUGGAGGCUUGCCGUGAGUCCACACCCCCAUGACUCGCGGCACGCCCCCGACUUUAGUACCCGCGCGCCCCUGUACACAGUGCGUGUGCUCCUGGUAUAUGUGUGUGCACGCAUAUGCCAGGGUCGAAUUCGGACCACAGUCCGUCCCUGUAUCUAUCUAUCUAUCUAUCUAUCUAUCUAUCUAUCUAUCUAUCUAUCUAUCUAUCUAUCUAUCUAUCUAUCUAUCUAUCUAUCAAUACAGAGAGAGAGAGAGAAAAUCUACUAAAAACAUUUAUAUUAUAAAAUGUACAAAAUAUAUUAGUUGGGGUGGUAUUUAUCAAAGCAUGGAGAGAGAUAAAGCACUAACCAGUUAGAUUCCAAAUUACAUUACACAGUCUAUAAAAUGGGAGUUAGAAGCUGAUUGGUUUGUGCUUUAUCUCUCUCCAAUUUAUUUCUCUCCACGCUGUGAAAAAUACCUGAAAAUCACAAUAUCUGCCUAAGGGGUCUAUUUACUAAGCCUUGGAGAGAGACAGAGUGGACGGAGAUAAAGUGCCAACCGACCAAUCAGCUCCUAAUUGUCAUUUUUCAAACACAGCCUGUAACGUGGCAGUUGUGAGCUGAUUGGUUGGUACUUUAUCUACAUCCACUUGUUUAGUACAUAGACCCCUACAUCUGGUAACCCAUUUGAUUUGUGUGGUCCUAGUUGUUUGAAAUUGGAGUUUAAAAAGUUAUGGAUACACAGGAAAUAUGUGCUCAGUUUGGUAAAAGAGAGCUUGCAAUUUUCAAUAUAAUCCCUUUAUAAACAAUUAGAAACUUUUCUUUUAUCUUCCUUUCAUCAGCAAACUAUGUGCGGGCACUCACAGGCACCCUGCUAUGAAAAUCAAUGACCCCUUCAUACUGAAUAAAAAAACACUAGCCGCCGCAUCUGUGUCUCCGCACGAUAGCUAUUCUCUCCCAGUGUUCAUUACUGAGCAAAAUGAGUGUAAAUGAUGUCAAAUUCCAAAGAGAGCUGGAGAAAUAUUUUACUAAAAUGACUCUGACAAUACCUUUUACAUCGAUUAUGGCCCAUUACUUUGUGUUCAAGUAGCUAGUGACUGAGUUUUAUUGCCAUAGAAACCACGCUUGUUGAAAUGCAAACUCAGAAGGCCUGAUUCAUUAAAAAAUUACUUACAGCACAUGUACUGGCCACAAAGCUUUUUAUGGGCAAUUCCAUGCCCAAUUAUUGUACAAGAUCUCACCACACACAAAAAGAUAAUUCUUUGUUAUUAUGGGACAAUUGCUGACUGUUCAUUUAUUUAUUAUCUGAUGCCGUAAAACUUAUGUGUAAAAAAAAAAAAAAAUCACUUUGAGUAGAUUGGAAUAUUGUACAAUCCACAAAGCUCCAUAGCGAUUUCUCUGUCUGUAAGGUGCAAUAAAUCAGCAAUAUGGUAUGUAAUGUAGCAUAAAAUGAAAUGUUACCUACCAAAAACUUGGACGUGAGCAGAUUGUGAACAAUUGAAGCAGACAGAUGCAUCAUGCCUGCAAAUAAAGUUGUUGAGCUAUAAAGUGGAAAACACAAAAAAUGACAGAAUAGGCAUUGUAAGUGAUUUAUUCAUUUAUUAUUCAGAACACUUAUAGAUGUGGUAAAAAGACUGUCACAAUGGUUUCUAAAAUACUAACAUGUAUACAGUAAUGUAAUAAAAUAGAACUGGUAGUACUGCUGAAAGUGAACCGGUACUACCAGCACACAGUGACCACAGGCAUUUUUUGGGCUUAGCCAAUAUCCAGCCCAUCAGCUCAGUUCAACAAGUGUUUUUUGGAUAAACUAAACAUCAAUAUAUUUUUAUAGCACUAUAUUUAUGGAUGGGGUCCAGUAUGAAAUGCCGCUGCUCGGAAUCCCGGCGGUCAUAAUAUUGACUGCGGGAUCCUGAUGCUGGUAAAACCCAUGGGAUGAGUGUGUGGAUUUGUCCCCCUCCCCUACUCACUAUCCCUAAACCUCGGUUCCCGCUCCCUAACCCUAACCUCCCCCCGUACUGCCUGACCCUAACCACAAACCCGGAGGUGCAUAAAUCUAAAUCCCCAUCCCCGCUGCCUAAACCUAACACUCCCUCCCCCGCAGUCUGACCCCAACCCCCUCCACCGCAGGGGUGCCUAGCCCUAACCCUCACUACCCGCAGCCUAACCCUAACCUACCCCCCCUCCCACAGCCCAACCCUUCCCUGCAGCCUAAACCUAUCCCUAAUUUCCCCAGCCCUAUACCUAACUCGGCGGCUACUUACAGUCAGGAUGCCGGGUGUCGGGAUUCCAGCGUCAGUCUCCUGCCUCUUUUGGAGUUCUGGUGUUGGGAUUCCACUGGGUGUUGGGAUUCCAUCAUUGGUAUUUCGGCUGCUGGGAUCCCAACAGCUGGCAUUUUUACUGCAUCCCUAUGAAUGAUAUACUAUAUAAUCCACUGACUGACUUUAUUGGCAUUGAUUUAUUGGUGAGGCAAACUAAUUUGGUCUAUGUUUGUUCUGUUGUUUCCAAUAAUGCACCCUUCACCCUUCAGUUGCACUCUGCAGAUUUUGCUUCAUGUACAGUACACCCUGCGAGGCAGCCAUUUUGUGCAUUGAUUAAUAGACAUGAGAAAUCACUGUAUGUGUUAAUCUCUCACAAGAGGUUUUGGGACAGUAUUACAAUGGUUGUUUUGAGGUAGUGAUUGACAUAAAAGUUAUUAUUAGCAGUGCCCCUCACAGGGAUGGGACUUAUCAUAGCAGGCAAUGAAGGAGUCAAUGGUGGUCAUUCCGAGUUGUUUGCUCGCUGACGUUUUUAGCAGAAUUGCAAGUAGGCUAAAAAUUGGCAAUUCUGCGUAUGCGUUUGGGCCGCAGGGCGCACGCGCAAAGUACUUUCACAAAAAACUAUGCAAUUUUACACAGGUCUGUAUGACGCUUUUCAGUCACUCUGCUGAUCGGUGAGUGAUUGACAGGAAGUGGGUAUUUCUGGGUAGUAACUGAGCAUUUUCCGGGAGUGUGCUAAAAAACGCAGGCGUGCCAGACGAAAACGCAGGAGUGGCUGGCCAAACGCAGGGCGUGUUUGUGACGUCAAACCAGGAACUAAAUGGACUGAGGUGAUCGCAAUCUAGGAGUAGGUCUGGAGCUACUCAGAAACUGCAGGGAAAUAUUUAAUAGCAGAACUGCUAAUCUUUCGUUCGCAAUUCUGCUAAGCUAAGAUAUACUCCCAGAGGGCGGCGGCCUAGUGUGUGCAAUGCUGCUAAGGGCAGCUAGUGUGCGAUCAACUCGGAAUGAGGGCCAAUAUUCUGGUAAUCUUCAAGUACACCAGGUUACCAAUCAAAAUAACUUUAAUGUCUGCUUUUGACCAGUCAGUGUAAUCUACUGCUACAAUCUCCAGUGAGAAAGUCCCAGCUAUCCCCUGACUAAGCACCUAACAUGGCUCAUUAAUAUAGCAGUUUUUUUUUAUUAAAUUAUUAGUCUUCAUGAAAAAUAGCCAUGUGUGGGCCUCAUAUUCAAAUAGCUUUUAAAAUGUAUACCAUUAAACAAGAGACAUAUAUCUGUAAUAAUCCAUUGGCAGGCAUUUAAAAAAAAGUGUUACAAGAUAUAACAAACACAUCCGCCCAUCACUAGUCUACAUUCUCAUUAUAUUGGUUUGGCCUGCAAAAUAAAACACCACAGAGUGAAUGUUACAUACAUAUCACACUUUAAUCCCCACUUGGAUAUCAAUAUGCAGUUGAAUGGAAUGUUCCCUGUGGCUGCUAUAGCAGCCUGUAACACAAUAGGGUUCAUUCACUUUCACUCAUGCAUAAAAUACAUGGAUUUAGCCCAAUUGGACACGGUACAUACAGUACAUACUUGCCUACCUGACCCUCUCCAUGAGGGAGAAAUUGCUCUGUUCCUGGACUUUCCUGGUAAUGUAUGAUUGCCAUCACCUGUGGUGAAACACCUUUCUUAUCAAU